UGAAGUGAACCGUUACUGCGCUCAUAAACCGAAAGUGGAGGAAGCAAAGGGAGAGUGGGCCUCUUGUGAGUCCGUUCCGCAGGAACCUCAAAUUACUGUACUGUACCGCUGUAGCGGCUCAAGCUGCAAAUCACACGGAAAGAUCGAUCAUCUUCUCGACACUGAAAAUGAACCGGCAACGCAUUUUAGUCUUCAUUUCUUUGUUGCUCUUAAGUCCCAGCGAUGCUGUUAUAAGAAUACCGCUGUAUCGGAUGCACUCUGUGCACCAGCUGCUCCUGGACCAUGGGGUCUCUUCCACCAAGCAGCUCCAGCCACAAGUCUGGGUUGAGGGAAAAGAAAGGAAACACAGUCCCUCUGCCGCCUCUGGGCUGCCUGUGGAGAACCUGUCAAAGUUCAUGGAUAUGCAGUUCUAUGGGGUCAUCGGCAUUGGAACCCCACCUCAGAACUUCUCUGUGGUCUUUGACACCGGGUCCUCCAACCUGUGGGUUCCGUCCAUCCAAUGCUCCUUUCUGAACAUUGCCUGCUGGCUCCACCAUCGAUACAACUCUAAGAAGUCCAGUUCCUAUGUGAAGAAUGGCACCGAGUUCUCCAUUCAGUACGGAAGGGGCUCUCUAUCGGGUUUCAUCAGUCAGGACACAGUUACGUUAGCAGGCUUGGCGGUGCCCGGCCAAGGGUUUGCUGAAGCUAUUAACGAACCAGGCAUCGCCUUUGCGGUGGCCCGCUUUGACGGAAUCCUGGGCAUGGCAUACUCCUCAAUCUCUGUCGAUGGUGUCAUUCCAGUUUUCGACACCAUCAUGGCAGCAAAACGUCUGCCACAGAAUGUCUUUUCCUUCUACAUCAAUAGGGAUCCUAAAUCACAUGUAGGCGGUGAGCUUAUUCUGGGAGGUACAGAUAAGCAAUACUACCAGGGAGAGCUGCAUUAUGUCAAUGUGACUCGCAAGGCUUACUGGCAGAUCAAAAUGGAUAGCGUUGCUGUCGGCAGCCAGUUGAUUCUGUGCAAGGGUGGAUGCCAAGCAAUUGUUGACACUGGAACCUCCAUGAUUGCUGGACCUGUACAAGAGAUUCGAGCUCUAGAGCGAGCAAUUGGGGCUUUGCCUCUGUUGAUGGGACAGUAUAUGAUAGACUGCAAGAAAAUCCCAUCUCUCCCAGUCAUCUCCUUCACUAUUGGAGGGAAGCAGUUCAAUCUGACUGGUGAAGAGUACAUUAUAAAGGAGACAAUUUUGGGAAUGACCAUAUGCCUGUCAGGACUGAUGGGCAUGGAUAUACCCCCACCAGCUGGGCCCCUGUGGAUCCUGGGAGAUGUCUUCAUUGGGCGCUACUACACUGUCUUUGACAGGGAUGCUGACCGUGUGGGCUUUGCGCCCACUCCUAAGUAGACUGUGUCCUUCAGGACUGCAGUGCCAGUAGAAAGUUUUAGUAUACCGGGGCAAUACCUAUCCAAGACAAACUGGACACAAGAGUCAAAUGAAAGCAACCCACAAGUGUCCUACAUCUCUGAGAACUACUGCAGAAGGGCUGAGAAAACAUGGUGCCUCAUUUCUAGUGUCCUGGAAGUUUAUACAAACUUUUAACUUGUACUGUACUUACUGAUGAAGAUUAACUGAAGAAAAUAUAAUUUUUAAAAAUUAAGCUUUUUUGAUGAGCUUUCUUCAACUGAUACACUCACCAAUCAGUAAUAUUUGCUGUUAAAUGUCAAAGCAGACCUGACACGAGCUGUUUAAAUAGAGAGGAGUAGACAAAGCUUCUGUGUACCCUAUUCAGCUAUUGCAAAGAAGCAGUAAACUGUGUAAUCCAGCUGAAACCAUUGUUUUCACCUUUGUUUAGGUCAUGGUUUCCUGUUAAUAUGGUUUACUGUUUAGGUUAUGGUUUUAGGAUAUGGUGAUAUGUUUUUGUACUUCUAUACACCACUGGCUUGUUAAUGCAUUUUGUUAAGAUACUAAUAUUUGGUUUUGCUAUGAAUUGCACUUUA